AUUCCUUUACUUGCCCAAAAGGUAGAAAGGCUGGUGUGAGAGAUAGGGAGCUUUACAUUGCUUAAACAGCACUCUUUCUCUCAAACGUUCAUCUAUUAUUCGUAUUCUCUCUGUCUAUCUCUCAGUAUCAUUCAUUCCUGAGAUGGGUGCUGUGAGCAUGAGAGGUUUGCUUGUGAUAUUGGCUGUGGCCAUCUCAGUGAGCGAUGGGUGGGCCAAAGUUCAUCAUGUGGUGGGAGGUGACCGUGGGUGGGACCCAUCUACCAACGUUGCUGAUUGGUCGUCUGGGAAGAUUUUCAGGGUUGGAGAUAAAAUCUGGUUCACGUACUCGGCUGCAUCGGAGGGGAUUGCCGAAGUGAAAAGCAAGGACGAGUUCGAAUCCUGCGACAUUAGUAACCCGAUAAGGAUGUACAUGGACGGCUUAGAUAAGGUGGCCCUCGACAGCGCAGGGCCACGCUACUUCGCCAGCAGCAGGUCUGAUAGCUGCAAGAACGGCCUAAAAUUACACGUUGAGGUGCAACAACAAUCUGACACCAAUAAUCAGACAGCAACAUCAGCAUCUACCGUUCAUGCCUUGGCCGCUGCGCCCACCAUCCCAUCCAGAUCGUCCACCAUACAAGCAUCAUCAGCUAUUAUAUGGUCUGGGCUAGCUCUUCUAUGUUUUAUGGGAUUUGGAAGGGUAGUUUAGAGCAGCUUUUAGAGUGCUUAUUAAAGUUCUCAUAGCUUGUGAGUCUUUUUAACAGUCUUUUUUUUUUUUAAAUUUAAAUUAUUAAUGUUUGUGUGGGAUUUGGAUUUGCUCACUGUAAUGGUCAGUUGAAUUGAUGAACUUAAAUGGUUUGGAUGAA